AUGCGUCCGUUUCCCGAAGCUCCCCACGCAGUUGGGAGCUCCAUGCGCCGGAGGAUCCCGCCAGUCUUCCGGCCGCGGCUGACAUGGCGAUACGCCGCCUGCUCGUUCGCCACAAUAUACGUGCUGUACUGCUUCGUCUUCUCAUUACCACUCUUUGCCAAUCCCCUGCCCAAGUACAGCGGGACCUACGCCGUGGGCGCCAUCGACAUCGAGACGCCAGUCUCAUCGCCGCGAGUCGUCGACACGGCGCGGUUCAAGGACACAAAGGAGAACGCGUUCGAACUGCAGACGGUCCUCUUCACAUUAUACUAUCCUGCAGGGAAGGCCGUCCGCCAUAAGCCACAGCACCACUGGAUACCGAAGCCCGUCUCGGUGACCGCCGAGGGCUACGCCAAGUUUGCGCACAUCAGCAACUUCGUCACCAAUGCCAUCUUCUCGGGCGCCAUCCGCGGCCUUGUGGGGGGCAUUCGGAUUCCCGCCAAGGUCGACGCACCCCUGGCCGAGCCAGCUCAUCCGGUCGUGCCGGUCUCCGAGAUGUCGCACCCGAAGCAGCACACAGAGAAGGUGAUGGCGGCCGAGAAGCACGGCUACCCAGUCGUCGUCUUCUCGCACGGCAUGGCUUCCAGCCGGACCGACUACACGCAUUACGCGGGAGAGCUGGCGUCGCGAGGCUAUGUGGUCGCCCUGCUUGAACACCGCGACGGGUCCUGCCCCGGCUCGGUCAUCCAGAGAGUCGGCGAGCUGGACCAGACGAAGUUGACUUUCCGGAUGUCCGAAGUCGAAUCUGCCAACGGCAAGGAACUGGAGGUGGAUGACUUCAAGAAGGCGCAACUCGACUUCCGCGAGGCCGAGAUCGAGGAGACAGUCCGCGUGCUGAAGUUGAUCAACUCUGGAAAAGGCGAUGACGUAUUCGAGCAGAACUCGCGCAACGAGGGUGCCGAGUUGGCUGCUUGGGCGGGCCGAUUCAAUACGGACGAGAUGAUCGUGGCGGGGCACAGCUAUGGUGCCACUGGUGCACUUCAGGCCCUGAAAGGUGGUCCUAAUGAGGAGCGUCCCUUCAGAGGAGCUAUUAUUUUGGACCCGGGGAAGCAGAGCGGCCGACUAAACGAGGAUGUCAAUGUGCCAGUCUUGGUUGUCCACAGCAACUCGUGGAGCAGCAAGCGCAGUAUUUUCUACGGCCGGGCCCACUUCGACGUCGUCCGCGGGCUCGUCGAAGACAACAACGAGCGUGGCAAUCCGUCGUGGUUCAUAACCUCGCUCGGAACGUCGCAUCCCUCGGUGACCGAUGCGCCGCUUCUUGAGCCGCUGCUGCUCAGCUGGACGACCGGCGCCAAGAUCGAUGUCUACGAGGGUUUGAGACAAUACGUCCACGUGUCUGAAGACUUCCUGCGGUUCCUGGAGGGGGGCGAGAAGCGCAACCUGCUCGCAGAGAAGGCCGAGUUUCUGGAGUAUGAUCAGGGCAAGGGCUUUGGCAUGUGGAAUCCGGGACAGGACGAUAAUGAGAAGCAGGGAGGCCUGUGGUGGGACUGGCGGAAGUACUGGCAAGUGCACGUUUCUGCAAACCAUACUUGA